UUUAUUUUAUUUUUUGCCAGCUUUUUAAGCUUCUUGGACUCCUUUUGUAUGGCUCUCCAACAAAAUUGCCGAAUCAAGCUCCCUUGUCUUUCCCUUUCAUGCGAUUUCUAUUUGUACCUUUUCGCUUUGGAUUAUCUCUGAACCUCCUAUGUAGUCUCCUCUAGGCUCUGAUUUUUCACUCUUUUUCAAUCCUUCACGGUUUCAGUUUUCUUUCACCACCCCACUAUUCCUGUUCCUCCAUAACCGCCAAAGCUUCAUCCUUUUUGGUUACCCAAAUGGAGAAGGAGCCACUAUUGUUAAAUCACAGCCCAAGAAGGAGAACGUCCCAUCUGUCAUCCUUGCUCUCCACUCUCCACGAGCAUGAUGAAGUAUCUCUACCUGUGCCUCUUACCCCUUCAUUUCUCAAAGAACGCCUUAUUUUUGGCCCUUGUGCAGCCCCUUCUGCCGACCCUUCUCCCAUUGUUGAUGCCUUGACUCUCUCUAUCAACACUCCAAAACAGUCUUCUUCUAAUCCAGAAUUCAACUCAAUCUCUCAAGAUUUACCGCAUCUUCAGAAACAAAAGUCUAGGUUGAUCGACCCCAAUUAUACAUGGACCAAGACUAGUCUCCACAGGUCCAAAACAGCACCAGCUAUGGCUGUCAUCAAUGAUACUCACCAUCCUCCUAUACCCAAGCCUGAGUUUGCCACUCAGUCGAUAGUUCGCCAAGCUUUUGUUCUAUUGCUAUUAUAUUUGUCUUUGGGUGUGGUAAUAUAUUGGUUGAAUCGAGAUAACUUCGUUGGAAAUGAAACGCAUCCAGUUGUUGAUGCGUUGUAUUUUUGUAUAGUUACAAUGUGCACUAUUGGUUAUGGGGAUAUUACUCCUAAUAGCACUUCCACAAAAUUGUUUUCUAUAUUGUUUGUCUUGGUUGGAUUUGGAUUUAUUGAUAUUUUGCUUUCUGGGAUGGUAAGUUACGUGCUUGAUUUGCAAGAGAAUCACUUACUGAGAAAUGUUAAGAGAGGAGCUGAUGUGGAAGCUGCGGGUUCUGUUAUAAUUGAUGUGAAGAAAGGAAGAAUGAGGAUAAGGAUGAAGGUGGCAUUUGCACUAUGUGUAGUGGUUCUGUGUAUUGGAAUCGGUGUUAGUGUUAUGCAUUUUGUCGAGAAUCUUGGGUGGUUGGAUUCUUUUUACCUGUCUGUUAUGUCGGUUACAACGGUUGGUUAUGGUGACAGAGCAUUCAGGUCAUUUACAGGUCGUAUUUUUGCUUCCAUUUGGUUGCUUGUGUCAACGCUUGCAGUGGCUCGAGCUUUUUUAUAUUUGGCUGAGGCAAGAGUAGAUAAACGUAAUAGGAAGAUGGCAAAGUGGGUGCUUGGCCAAAACAUGACCGUCUCUGAGUUCCUUGCUGCUGACAUUGACCAAAAUGGCUUUGUAAGUAAAUCAGAAUAUGUGAUAUACAAGCUCAAGGAAAUGGGAAAGGUUUCGGAGAAAGACAUUCUGCAGAUAUGCCUGAAGUUUGAUAGGCUAGACACUGGCAACUGUGGGAAGAUAACUCUUGCUGAUCUUAUGCAGAGUCAUCCUUGAUACAUAAGUACCCUUGAACAAGUUUUAAUGGUACCCUUGAUCAUCUAUGUGUUCUACUUGCAUAGAUGAUCUCUUCUGUGAACUUGGGCUUGAACAGCUGUCCUCACCAUAUCCAUCCUGAUUCUCAAUCAGUUUGCAAAUUCUGAAAGCUGCAUGGUUCUGUUCCCCAUGAAUCAAGUUGUAGAAACCAGUCAGACGUUGGAGCUUGUUACAUUUUCAAGAACUUAGCCACUGUCCAUCAUUAUAAUGAUUGCUGGAGGAAUUAGCUUGUAUGAAUGGACAGUGGUGACGAGAGUAGAGUAUGGAUGGACAGCAACUUUUCCUUAUCAAGGGCAUAAUGGAUUUGGCCUUUGGAAUUGGCAAUGAUGCUCAAUUUAAGCAUAAAUGGUAAAAAGUUGGCUAAGUUAUACCAUAAAAAUUAGCAGAUUUGACUCUCUUGUCUCUUUAGCCAGAAGAAAGCAGCACCCACCUCUUAUCCUCCCAGGCCUCCUGGCUCUUUUUAGCUCACCUGCUUCACUGCUUUCUUCACAGCUCCUCCUCAAUCUCUUGCAUAGCCAUUAGGGUAGGUGUCUAAUUAUUGUUUAAUUUUACCCCUUCAUUCUAUAAAUAUGGAUUUACUUUCACAUGAUUUAAGAGAAUAUGAUUAAUAUAUACAAAUAGAGAAGAUUACCUCUAAUGAAUGGGGAUGAUUGUAUCUUUGUAUUCUCCCUAGUCAAUGAAUCUAUCCUUUCAUUAACCAAUGGGAAGUCCUAACGUCUAUCAAGGUUUUGCUUUUUUCUUUUUUAUGCAAUAAUUUCUUCAACGCUUCUCAUUCUCAUUAAUUAUAUUGUGGCAAUGGGUUGGUAUUCUUGUCUUGUUUUUCUAUGGUGGCUGGCAAUUUUUGGAUAUUGGAUGAUCUCUUUGAUUUGAUAUUAAAUGGCCAAAUUUUACAUAAA